AGCUACUGCGAUUGUUUCUCUCUCACACUUGGGCUUCGGGUUCACGGCCUGAAUCGCAGGUAGAUCCGAGUCUCUGUUGAUCUGUGCAACCACGACGGCGGCUGACGCUUGGAUGACGAUGAAGGAGGGUUGAACGUUACUCGGAAAAGCUAUGACUGGUGCCGUCGUCGUCGUCGUCUACUCAGCUCCGAUUUAGGGUUUUGAAACCUCGACUGAAUCAUCUCCUGGCAAUGUUUAUUGGGUCCGACUUGUGAUGUGAGAGCUAUAUGUGUGGAUUUCAGUGAUAAUAGCGGGAGAUGGACUGUUGUCAAACUCCAAGUCAUCUAAAGGGUUCCUUGUGCUGUCAGUUGUUAUUAUUCUUCAUAGGGUUAUCCAGCUUUCAAGAUGCUGCGGCGGCAUUCGAGACCGUCUUUGAGCAGAGUCAUGUUCCUGAGUUGACAGAGCUUGCGAAACCGCCUUCGACCGGAAUGUUUGGUCCUAUAGAGAUAUCACCUGCAGUUUUUCCACAGUAUCCGGACCCUGACGAGCCCUUUUUUCCGCCAAUGUACCCUACGUUUCCCUCCAGAUAUGAGCCUGUUUUGAGUGGGAAAUGUCCUGUCAAUUUCUCCUCCAUGUCGAGUAUCAUGGAGAAAACGGCUUCUGAUUGUUCUCAACCCUUGGCAGCACUUGUAGGAAAUGUGAUUUGUUGUCCACAGUUCAGUAGUUUGAUGCGCAUCUUCCAGGGUCUCUACAGUUUCAACUCAGCCAAGUUGGUUCUGCAAAAUUCAGUUGCAAGUGAUUGUUUUUCGGAUAUAAUCAGCAUCUUAGCCAGUAGGGGUGCAAAUAGUACAAUACCUGCACUUUGCUCUGUAAAAUCUUCAAAUCUUACUGGUGGAUCCUGUCCAGUGAAGGAUGUUGAUACCUUUGAAAAAACAGUAAACACGAGUAGAUUACUACAGGCCUGCACAUCUGUUGAUCCUCUUAAAGAGUGCUGCCGACCGUUAUGUCAACCUGCAAUAAUGGAUGCGGCGCUUCACAUCUCUGGAACGCAACUGAUGUUGGAUGAGAAUAAAAAUUUGGGUGGUGGGCUGAAUCAUAGCGACAUUCUAAGUGACUGUAAGGGAGUGGUUUAUGCAUAUCUUUCAAGGAAACUCCCGGCAGACGUUGUAAAUACUGCACUUAGAAUAAUAUCUGCCUGCAAAGUUAAUAAAGUUUGUCCUUUGGAUUUUAAGCAGCCUUCGGAAGUAAUUAAAGCAUGCCACAAUGUUGCUGCCCCAAGUCCUUCCUGCUGCAGCUCAUUAAAUACCUACAUUGCAGGAAUACAGAAGCAAAUGUUGAUUACAAACAGACAAGCUAUAGUUUGUGCUACAGUGUUUGGUUCUGUAUUGAGGAAAGGCGGGGUAAUGACAAAUAUUUACGAGCUUUGUGAUGUUGAUUUAAAAGAUUUCAGCAUUCAAGCAUAUGGUCAACAAGGGUGUCUACUUAGAAGCCUGCCUGCAGAUGUGAUGUUUGACAAUUCAACUGGGUUCAGCUUUACAUGUGACUUGAGUGAUAAUAUUGCAGCACCAUGGCCUUCAUCGUCCUCUCUUUCAUCAGUGUCCCUUUGUGGACCGGAGAUGUCAUUGCCCGCACUACCAACAUCAGAGACUUUUAAAAAUCCUGGCUGUCGUGGUGGAGGGCAGCAAUUGCUUAUAACCAUUAUAUCUUUUAUGGUUGUCGGGACCUUAUUGUAUUGAACAUGUUCAGUUGAGGGUGGGUUAAGUAGAUCUGGUUUGAAUUAGGGGCGUUUGGAAAUUGUUCAUGUGGAUGUUACCUGUAUAUCUUGAUUAGCCUCAAUGUAUAACACUUUAUUCUCAUAUGCAAGCAAUCUUUUUGACGGGCAUAUUUUGCUUAUAUAAAAAAAACUUAGAAGAAG